AUGUGGCUUUGGAAUUUGGAAACAUCUAAUGCUUUUUUAGUUUGUAGCACUUAUAAUUUUCUAACUGCUCAGACUAUUGUUGACACUGAUCCGGUGGAUGUUGAGUUGCUUUGGCAUAAGGAUGUCCCUUUGAAUGUUGUGAUUUUCGCUUGGCGGAUGUUUCGUAAUAGGUUGCCAACAAAGGAUAACCUGAAUCGGCGUGGUGUUUUAAAUAAUAAUUCUUGUCUGUGUGCUAGUAGGUGUGGCUCUCUGGAGACUGCCUCUCAUUUAUUUUUACAUUGCUUCAUUUUUGGUUCUGUUUGGCACUUUAUUAUUCGAUGGGUUGGUAUCUCUUCGGUCCUCCCGUAUUAUGCAACGGAUCAUUUCCCUCAGUUCAGUUUUGGCGGUGGUGGCUCUAAGGUGCGACAAUCUAUCUUGCAGGUUAUUUGGUUUGCUAUUGUGUGGGAAAUAUGGAAAGAAAGAAAUAGCAGGACUUUCAACGGUAAAGAAUGCUCGAUAAUGCGAUUAGUGGAUAAAAUUAAGUUACUUUCCUUCUCGUGGUUGAAAGCAAAAUUUGUUCAUUUUCGCUUCAAUUAUCAUGGCUGGUGGCUUAGUCCUCUCGCAAUGAUAGGUAGCUACACCACACCCAAUGUUGAUGUCACUGUACAACGUGUUCCUCCAAGGCUUCAACAUGACUUGGACCUUUGGCAACAUAUCAAAGAGUAUGAUAAAAAAGCGGCAGCAGAUCCUCUAUUGACUGCAGUUUUGACAAAGAAGCAAAAACAAAUGAUGCGACCAGAACUUCUUGAUGGGAAGCCGCCGUAUAGCACCCGUUCUAGGGUACCCUCUCCAACUCCUCAGUGA